CCAACGAAUCAUAAGCUCUAUCGCUUCGGACGCCGAUGGAAACUAAACCUCGAUUUGAGAUACGAAAAACCGGCCAUUUGCAGACGAACUUUUAUUUUAGUCGAAGAGAAGUCGUCGUUAGCACGAUGACGGUGAAUAAAUCUAUAAAUUUCGUUUCGUCUUUACAUUCGUUCGUUGCUCUAAACGAUUUUCCAUCGACAUUUAAUUAAAUAUUUUAUUAAAAGAAACAUUAAAUCGUAAUUAUGGCUGCGAAUUUCGAUCCUUACGAUAAAAGCAGUUGGUACUUUGGUCCAUUAUCAAGACAAGAAGCAACUGAUUUACUAACUCAAAAGGAAUCUGGAAUUUUCCUUAUUAGAAACAGUAUCAGCAGUCAGGGUGAUUUAGUUUUGUGCGUUAAAGAAGACAAUAAAAUUAGUCAUUAUAUUAUAAAUAGAAUUCUUCAAGGAGAUCAAGUGAGGUUCAGAAUUGGUGAUCAAGUGUUUCCUGAUAUUCCUUCUUUAUUAAACUUUUACAAGUUACAUUAUCUUGAUACAACUCCAUUAAUAAAACCAUUAGAGAGGAAGAUUGAAAAAGUCAGAGCUAAAUAUGAUUUUGAAGGGAGUGGUGAUCCAGAUGAUUUGCCUUUUAAGAAAGGUGAAAUUUUAAGUAUUAUAACUAAAGAUGAAGAGCAAUGGUGGACAGGUAGAAAUCAUUUGGGUCAGACAGGAUCUAUACCUGUUCCAUAUGUGGAAAAGAUUGAUGAUUGUGAAGAAAAUGAAUGUUUUAUUGCUGAACAACCGUUAGAAGAUCAGUUAACUCAAGUACCUCCUCCUCCUCCAGAGCAAACAUCAGAAAAAUUAGAACCAUUUAAACAAACCAUGCCUAAUUUUCAGGUAAAUUUUUCUUUAUUUAAUGUUCUUUUAUUAUUUUGGUCAUAAGUUAUAUGUCGAUGU